AUGACAAAUUCCCCCGCACAACGUCUAGGCUCAUCUUCCUUUUCCAACUCUGCCGCAUCUACUUCCCGCAGUGACAAGAAGAAGGCGGUAAACUUGUCCGACCUUGGUGUUUCCCCUAACUUCGUCUUCCUUGACCCGGGUAAAGAGGACGACGAAUUCGCGAUAGACAAGAUGAUUGUUCAGGUAGUGAUGAUCACUCCUGAAGGGAUGGACGGCAUUGUGGCGCAGGCGGCAAAGCAGGGAUGGGCCACGGUCCUGAGGAUUGGAGAUAGGCAUCAAGCAGAUUGGGCAGAGGGAAUGUCCCAACACAUAUGA